CGUGAUGUGUGGGACAUAAUGGUGGAUAGGUAGGAAACACACUACAGCUCGAUUAAGAGUUGCUCAUCAACUGUUGACCAAUUUCCAGCUGUUGUCUUGGACUCUUCGAUUCCUCUGACUCGACAGCUUCCUGCUCUGACUGACCGACGCCCUGGACCGCAACAAAAUGCCGAAUAUUAAAAUAUUCAGCGGUAGUUCACAUCCGGACCUGUCUCAGAAAAUAGCAGACCGCCUGGGUCUCGAGCUAGGGAAGGUUGUUACGAAGAAAUUUAGCAACCAAGAAACAUGUGUGGAGAUAGGGGAGAGCGUUCGUGGAGAAGAUGUCUACAUUGUGCAGAGUGGCUGUGGGGAGAUAAAUGAUAAUUUGAUGGAGCUGCUGAUCAUGAUCAACGCCUGCAAGAUUGCCUCUGCCUCCAGGGUCACCGCUGUCAUCCCCUGCUUCCCGUAUGCCCGGCAGGACAAGAAGGACAAGGUGGGGAGCCGUGCUCCUAUCUCUGCCAAGCUGGUGGCCAACAUGUUGUCCGUGUCAGGCGCUGACCAUAUCAUCACUAUGGACUUGCACGCCUCACAGAUACAGGGAUUCUUUGAUAUCCCUGUUGAUAACUUGUAUGCAGAGCCAGCUGUGCUAAAAUGGAUAAAAGAGAACAUCCCUGAAUGGAAAAACUGUACAAUCGUCUCACCCGAUGCAGGAGGAGCCAAGAGGGUCACCUCAAUAGCAGACAGGUUGAAUGUGGACUUUGCCCUUAUUCACAAGGAGAGGAAAAAGGCAAAUGAGGUGGACCGCAUGGUUCUCGUCGGAGAUGUGACUGAUCGCGUCGCCAUUCUGGUUGAUGACAUGGCUGACACAUGUGGCACAAUCUGUCAUGCUGCUGACAAAUUAAUAUCGGCUGGGGCCACCAAGGUGUAUGCCAUCCUAACCCAUGGCAUCUUCUCUGGCCCAGCUAUCUCGCGCAUCAACAAUGCCUGCUUUGAAGCUGUCGUGGUCACCAAUACAAUUCCUCAGGAGGAGAAGAUGAAGCAUUGUCCCAAAAUACAGGUUAUUGACAUCUCAAUGAUCCUUGCAGAGGCCAUCCGUAGAACUCACAACGGCGAGUCUGUGUCGUACCUGUUCAGCCACGUCCCCUUGUAACAAAUGAUGUCUCCCAUCUACUGUGUGCUGUUACACCAAAUAAGAGAAGAGGGAAUAUCCCCAACCCAAACACAACCAUUAGCAAAGAUGUUCUGCUAACCAUGAAAAAAACCCAACUGUCAUGUCUGUUACUAAUGCUGACGCCCCUCACGUGAGUCCCUUCCCCCUUGAGCAGUGUCCAAUAAUGUCUGGGCACAGAAGCAAUCGCAAGCUACCAAUUUAGGCCAGCAUAUUUAUUGUACUUGGAUAAAUAAGUGUUUAUCCACUGUGAAUUUUGUCCCGUUUCAUAACCUUAAGGUACAGAGUUUCUCCUGACCAUUUAACCUCUCUAGGAGUCAUUUCAAUCUGUUGUCAAAAGAGAUUAUAUAAAUAUCCCUGGCAGGUACCAGUGGUCAGGAGAAGCAUCUGCCAUAUAAAGCUGUUACAGUGCUUUUUGUUACAAUGAACGAGUGCCGUUUUUUCAUGUUGCUCAUGUGUCCUCUGCUGUUUGAGAGAUUAUAAUUAAUGAAGUGAAUGUGUAUUGAACUAGUUUACAGUGCCACUGAAGCUCCACUCAACCCAAGAGUGCCUCAAUAGUCUGAAAUGAAAUUACUUUUACCUCCAAUUUUCUCCUUUCUCCCUUCCUAUUUAGCUGUGUUUUGUCACUGAAUGAAGAACUUUCAUGUUACUUAUCAGGCUGUAAAAGAUGUUCUGGGAUGUUCUUUCAACUCUUGAGGUGCCCUCCAUUGAGUGGGGUUUGCGCGGUGUCCAGGGUUUUACCCUUUGAGGUUCUGCGUUGAAGGUCUUUCUAUAGAGAACCUGUCGGGAUUUUAGUUUGGGGUCUCUGCAGGCUGGAGCUUCCUUCAGAAAUGAUCACCUGCUUUUUUUUUUUUUUCAUUUUGUAUGUCUGGAGGAAGGAUUUGUCAUUAAUGUGCAUACUCCAAACCUUUGUGUUUACUUUUUCAGUAGAGUGAAUGCGCCAGUUAUCUGAGGAUGCGUUCUUAAUAAAAUUAAUUAUGCGUAAAAUUUUAAA